UGUUGCGUUGCUCCGCUGCGAUUUAUGGCGAUUUAAUGCCCACCAGCGAAGAGCUGGAGGCGCCGAGCAGCAGCAGCACAUCGAUUUCAAUGGCGUCCUCCUACGCGUAGCGAGCUAGCUGUAGCACUACCACCUCUUCUUCUUCUUCUUCCUCCUCGCGCUCCUCCUCCCCACCAUUGCCUUGUUUUUCUUUUGCAACACCGCCCGAGGAAAUUCCCUUUGGGUUUCUUUUCUUCUUCGUCUCGGCGCUUUGCUUGUUUUGUUUGUUUGUUUUCUUGGGGUUUGGUAAUGGCGCUGCGGUGAUGUGUUGACGUCUGACAUCUCUGCUCGCCGCCAUUAAUUGCUGCUGCUGACUUGCUGGUUUCUUGCUGCUUGGUGGUGAGACACGAAGCAAUCGGAGGAGGGGGAUUUGAAUUCAAAUCCGCAGCGAAGGGUUCUAGGGUGUUUCGUCUUCUUUGACUGCUCGUGGUUGGAUUUGGUGCGAAAGGUUCUUCCUUUUUGCUGGGUUGACGCGCAAAGGUUUAGCCUUUUUGGUGAAUCUCUUUGCUUGGUGCUCCAAGAGGAAAUUGGUUGAGGAGCAGGAGGAAGACAUGGUGGCCGAGCCGCUGGUGCACAAGGUGCUGUCCAUGGCGACGUCGUCGUCGUCGUCGUCUAGGAAGGUGAGGCCGGUGACGGGUGGCGGCGCCAGGGGCGACGCGGCGGAGGGGACGGACGACGGGAGGGUCGGCAUCCUGUCGUUCGAGGUCGCCAACGCCAUGUCGCGCGCCGCCAACCUGUACCGCUCGCUCUCCGACGCCGAGGCGGCGCGGCUGCUCGGCCCGCUCUGCCUCGGCUCCCAGGCCGUGCGCGCGCUCGUGCCCGGCGACGACGCGCGGUUGCUGGCGCUCGCGCUCGCCGAGAAGCUCGACGCGCUCAACCGCGUCGCCGCCGUCGCCACGCGGCUCGGCCGCCGGUGCACGGUCCCGGCGCUCAUGGGGUUCGACCACGUCUACGCGGACCUCCUCGCCGGCCGCUCCGACGCCGCUGCGGCGGCCUUCGCCGUCGCCUCGCCCUCCGAGGCCACGGCGCUCGUCCGCAAGCUCGACCGCCUCGCCGCCGCCACGGCAGCGCUCUACGCCGAGCUGGAGGCGCUGGCCGACCUCGAGCAGUCCGCGCGGAAGCUCCCCACCGACGAGGCCCGCCGCGCGCUGGAGCAGCGCACGCGGUGGCGCCGCCACGACGUGCGCCGCCUCAGGGACUCGUCGCUCUGGAACUGGACCUACGACAAGGCCGUGCUCCUGCUCGCCCGCGGCGUAUGCGCCAUCUACGACCGCAUUCGCCUCGUCUUCGGCGACCCAAUGCAAGGGCUCGACUUGCUGGCCAUUGGCCGGAGCUCAAGGCAAUGCGACCAAAGCCGGCAGCUCUCCGGCCCAGUCUCAGCGAACAAUUCAGGUUAUGUCAGGACCAAUUUCGGCGACGCCAAAUCGGGGCCGAUUGCCAGAAUCGAUAUGGACACGCCGCGUUCAGUGAAUUUUCGGUCGAAUUGUGGAGCAAGUCCAGGCAAAAUGUUCAUGGAGUGUUUGAGCUUGAGUAGCUCGGUUUCAUGGAAGGAUGGGUUUGAGGAUGAAUUCUUGGAGGAUGCCAGCUGCAUCAGCACAAUCAGGUCUGGGAUGCUUGUGCCAUUCAGUGGAGAUCAAGGGAUGUCGAUGACGGCAACCAAGAGUGGCAAGAUUGGGAGAAGGGCGCGGUUUGGUCCGAAAAGCACCGUGACAUCGCUAGCCCCGGCAUCCACAAUUGGCGGUUCAGCGCUUGCAUUGCACUAUGCGAACGUCGUCAUCAUCAUUGAGAAGUUGCUCCGGUACCCACAUCUUGUUGGUGAGGAGGCCCGGGAUGAUCUGUACCAGAUGUUGCCGUCGAGCUUGAGGGCAGCACUGAGGAAGAGCUUGAAAACCUAUGUGAAGAGUAUGGCGAUCUACGACGCGUUCCUUGCGCACGAUUGGAGGGAGACCCUCGAGAAAACUCUGACAUGGCUUGCUCCGAUGGCUCACAACAUGAUCCGGUGGCAAGCAGAGAGGAAUUUUGAGCAGCAGCAGAUUGUGCUGAAGGGGAAUGUGCUACUUCUUCAGACAUUGUAUUUCGCGGACCGGGAGAAGACAGAGGCAGUGAUAUGCGAAUUGCUUGUCGGGCUGAAUUACAUCUGCCGGUAUGAACAGCAGCAGAAUGCGCUCCUGGACUGCUCUAGCAGCCUCGACUUCGAUGAUUGUAUGGAGUGGCAACUGCAGUAAGAGCCCAAGGUCAGGUUUUCUGCUUGGUUCCAUAGUGUACAAGGAAUAUGAAAAUUCAAAGGGUACUUGUGUUUUUGUUUGGAUGUUUUCCUUCUUUUUUUGGGUGCAAGUUGCACAUGAGAUCAUCUAUCAUUCAUAGAUGAAAAAAAAUAUAGGAUUGCCCACUGUUUUUGUUCACUUGAGAUAUGCUCUAGCUAAUGCAGUUGUACAUACAUGAAUCUUGUGCCAAGCAAAUGAGCAAUCUGAAGUGUCCAAAAGGGGUUUGUGCCUUAGUGAAUUUCACCAUUGUGUAUUUGGUAGGAGUAGGACAUGUUUGUGGAUAACUAGUUGAGAUUAUCCUAUUUGGUAUUUGGUACUACUGAAGUCAUAAAGUUAAUCCUAUGUUUACCUA